UUAGUCAUUAGUGUAAUGUGUAUACAUUCCACCUUGUGUUCCUGGUUUGUGAUUUUUACGUUUAAUUGAGAAAAACAAAUGGAAAUACAUUUACUUUACAGCUCUUAAUUAACUAAGAUAAGUUUCGUCCAGUAGAGGCCAAAGACGAGGCUUCCGUGCCGUUAAAUUUCUUUCGUUCCUAUUAUUUUGUACAUGACAUCAGGACCGGAACGCUGUAAUUGAAACCCUGAAUUAUAACACAAUCGAUAGCACAUUACAUAAGAAGGAAAGAAAUACCAAAUCAUUUUAGUAGAGUAGAGUAUCGGGGUGUUUACUGUUUGUGCUAUUGUAAUAACGUUUGUAUCGGUCGGUCUGUUCGUUUUUUAAGACGACUGAGAAACUGCAACCUAAUUUAAUCAAGGAAGACAAAUUGUUGAAUUCUGGAACAAGUAAAACACUGUUAAGUGCAACUGUACAAGUUUCCAUAAAGACUGUUAAUCUAGUAAAAUAACAAGCAUGGAGGCUAUGUUGGCAGAAUAUUAUAAAAACUUUUAUCAUUUCUUUCAGACGAAUAUCCUUUGCGAUGUUAACUUGGUUACCGACGAUGGUGUUCAAAUUUCUGCACAUAAAUUAAUAUUGGCUUCAGCAAGUUCUAAUUUUUUAAUGAUGUUCACCGGACCAUUCAGUGAAAGUACAAAAAAAGAUGUUUGUAUAAAAGAAAUGGACUCUGAAAUACUAAAAACGAUAGUCAACUAUAUAUACACCUUAAAACUUGAUAUCAAUGAACAUAAUGUCGAGAAAAUGUUGCAUGCUGCCAAUUUUUAUGAUUUAAACUACGCAAAAGAACUGUGUUUUGAAUACAUAAAAAAAAAUAUAAAUCAUAAGAAUUGUGUUAGUUUAUUGGAGACUUCCACGUUAAUAUCGCACAAAAAGAUUUACAGUUUUUGUUGGUUGUACUUGUUAAAUAAUUUCAGCUUAAUUAUAAAUUCGGAUUCAUCGUUAGAAUACCUAUAUGAAUUUCAGUUUGAUGAUGUCGUCGAGUUAAUAUCAAACGAAGAUUUAGUAAUAGACUCUGAAGAAAAGAUUUUUGAUUUUAUCAUCGGUUGGAUAACCUAUGACGCGAAUGAACGAAGUCCCUUGUUACCAGAUCUCAUGAAGUAUGUACGUUUGCAUUUAAUUUCAAAAGUGGGACUUCAACGAAUUUGUGAUGAACCUUUAUUGAAAGCAAACGAUGAGCUAUAUUUAUCUCUAAAGACAGAAAUCUACGUUAAUCUACGUGUCAACUCACAAGAUAGAUUAACAUUAGGGAGGAACCUGCUACCCAACGUUAUUUUGGCAAUUAAUCGUCGUUCGAUUAGUGGCAAUUCCUCUGUAAAGUAUAUGGAUAUUAGCAAAGAUGAUGAUAUGAAAUGGCGACCAACCACACAUUUGUUUUUUUGUCCACCUCGCAAAGACGUGACAAUGGUGGUCUCUGAAAACGGAAUAAUAAUUGCAAUUGGCGGCACAAAUAUGUAUGAUGAUUAUAUCAAUAGUGUAGACGAACUUGACCUUAAGUUAAAAAAAUGGGUUCCUACAUCACAACUCAUACAUCCUCGAAAAAGUUUUGCCGUCUGUACUAAUAAGCAAUUUAUUUAUGUCGUAGGAGGCUAUGAUCUUGUAUCUCAACAAUUUUCUAAUUCAGUAGAAUAUUAUGAUACAAAUACAAAAUUAUGGACGGAAAUUAUUGAACCCAUGCCCACGGCUCGAGACUCGUGCAGUGCUAUAAUCAAUAAUAAUCAGUUAUAUGUUUUUGGUGGAUAUGACUUUAGUUAUCUUGCGACUGUAGAAUACUAUGAUUUUGAAAACAAGUAUUGGAAACAACUCGAUCCUAUGCCUAUCGCCAAUUCUAAGAUGGCUAUUACUAGAAUAAAUAAUUUCAUUUAUCUCAUCGGCGUUGUAUUUGGACACACUAGAAUUUUUAAAUUCGAUGUACACCAUUUCAAAUGGGAUGAAAUUCCUAACAUGCAUUCGGGAAAACAGUUUGCCACACACAAUGUGGUUAACAAAAAAAACGACUUAAUCGUGUUUAUAAAUGAUGGACAACUUAUUUGUGAAAGAUAUGACGUAGAAAACAAACAAUGGUUUCGGGUUGACACGGAAUUCAAUUUCAAGCCAUUACCAGGAAAUGGUCAUAUCAUUUAUUUUAAUGAUUAUAUUUUGAAAUCGUAUGGUAUUCACUUAUAAGUUAUAAUUCAUUUAUUUAUAGAUAUCAUUGUAUGACUUUAAUUUUGUAUUGAAAUUAUUAUUGAAACCAUUUAAAAAAAAAAAUUAUACUUCAUUAUUUAUAUGCAA